CUCAUUAGCUCCCUCAAAUACAGGAUAAUUUCAUGGCCCAUUUGUCCUCCUCCAAUCCUCAUUUUUAUGGUCACCCAAAAAAAUAUAUAAAAAGCAAAAACAAAAACUCAACCUUUGAGGUUAUCCUAAAAAAAGAAGACAUUUGUCAAAAAUUAUUUUAGCUUAGAUUUCCAUAUACAGUUACAUUAAUCUAAUGUCAAAUGUUAUUACAGGUGAUCAUGAUUAUGAGGAAAGCUUCUCAUCUGGUGAAGUCCAAAAACACGAAAAUCGACAGCUUCAAAACGAGUCGACUAAUAACAAUAUUUGCUCAACUUUUCAUCAACAAUUACAGCCUCUUAAGAAGAAAAGAAAUCUACCAGGAACUCCAGAUCCAACGGCCGAAGUUAUUUCCCUCUCGCCAAAAACCCUCAUGGCCACAAAUCGGUUUGUGUGCGAAAUUUGUAACAAAGGUUUCCAAAGGGACCAAAACCUACAACUACACAAAAGGGGUCAUAAUCUCCCAUGGAAGCUAAGACAAAAAAAGACAAUUACAAAUGAGGUUAAAAUUAGGCGAGUUUUUGUUUGUCCCGAGCCAACAUGCGUGCAUCACGACCCCUCUCGUGCUCUUGGUGACCUAACCGGGAUCAAGAAGCACUAUAGUAGAAAACAUGGGGAGAAAAAGUGGAAAUGCCAAAAAUGUUCGAAAAAAUACGCGGUGCAAUCAGAUUGGAAGGCUCAUUGGAAAACUUGUGGCACAAGGGAGUAUAAAUGUGAUUGUGGAGCUGUUUUAUCCAGGAGAGAUAGCUUUCUAGCUCACAGGUUAUUCUGUGAUGCACUGGCCCAAGAAAAUAGCAAGGUGAGACAUGGCAUAACAAUGGGCUCAACGGCCCAAGAAGCAGAAACCCAAAUGACUGAUUUCAUGCCCAUAAGCACCAACGCAUACACUUCCAUAGGCGUAACCGAAUUCAACAGCCCAUUCAGGCCCAUGCAUGUGGCACGCCUGCUAUCUGCCACGUCAUCAUCAGACACCAUAUUCGGCAGCAGCCCAUUGAGCAUCCAUAGUUCAUCAUCUGAGCUUCAGCUCAGCGCAAAUCCAGGCCCAUCAAGCUACAGCUUUAAUCCAGACGACAAAUUGAGGCACAUGUUUAGCCCAAAUAUGCCGGCCACGGCCCUUUUACAGGAAGCGGCCCAGAUGGAUGCCACAGCUUCAAACACUAUGCAUUUCCCCAUGGUGCAGGAGACCUUGGACAACAUCAUGGCGGGCCCGAACCUCUUGUCUGGGCCUGGAUCAGGGCCCACAACCAAUACUUACACAUUCGACAAAUUUCUGCAGAGGAAUACAGAAGAUACGGCCACCAAGCCCUUCGAAACAAUUCUUUACGGCGGAAUUUUGAUCAGCGACCAAAAUCCGGUGGCCGGGUUCUUGAAGAAUGUGGUGGGGGCACAAGAGAAGGGUAAUAAUAUGAUGGGAGAAACUCCAACAAGCUUAGGUGGAAGUGCAAUGGCUACCGUCGAUUUCUUGGGGCUCGGUGGAUCAGGACCACACAAUCUGCUGAGUGAUGGGCAAUUGGAUCUGGAGAAUAUGAAUCAACGGUCGAUGCAAGCAGACACUAUUAAUCAACAGCUGUCUCAUCCUCAGGAGGGAUUUGACAGUGUAAGGGACAUAUUACUGUAAUUAUUAAUAAUAUAAUAUUAAUAAUAAUUCAUGUAAUAUGAAAGUGAUAAACUCAUUC